AUGGAUUCGAACCAAUCAAAUUCACAGCAAGAAACGAACUUUCGUCUCUUUGAUGCAAAACCCACUUCAGGAUUUGGGUUUUUUGAUUUACCGGAAAAGCCCCUCCCACCUCCGCCACCAUGUCUUGAAGUAGUCCCUUCAGAGGUUUCAUCAAAUGUCAAGUAUACUGUGGAACCUGUGAAUGUUGAUGGGCUUACACUGCUCAAGGGAAGGGUGAGUACGCAGGAGGUUUUUGCAUUGUCCAAUUCGGAUUUAGUCCCCGGUAAAUAUGAAGGAGGAUUGAAACUAUGGGAGGGUUCGAUAGAUUUAAUCAAAGCCCUGAGCUCCGAUAUGCAAGAUGGGAAAUUGUCGUUCGGUGGAAAGCGAAUUCUAGAGCUUGGAUGUGGUCAUGGACUUCCUGGGAUCUUUGCUUGCCUAAAGGGUGCUGCUACAGUACAUUUCCAGGAUUUUAAUGCCGAGGUCCUGCAGCAUCUCACCAUUCCCAAUGUGAAAGCUAAUAUUCAAAAGAAGUCUCAGUACUUGACAGAUGUGAAUGAGUGCAGCAGCAUUGAGGCAGAUACUCGCUUCUUUGCAGAGACAGUUUACUCAAUUUCUGCCCUUCCCAGUCUCUUCAAACUGAUAAAGAAGUGUGGGAAUCGUCCUCAUGGAGUUGUGUAUAUGGCAGCAAAGAAACAUUAUUUUGGGGUGGGAGGAGGAUCAAGGCGGUUUAUCUCUAUGGUUGAAAAAGACGGUGCUUUUGCCUCUUCUCUCGUUUCCGAGGUUGCUGAUGGUUCCUCUAACGUUCGAGAGGUGUGGAAGCUUAGUCUCAAGUGA